AUGGCUCGGACUCAGGACUUGGAGACUCAAGGUGAUCUUUGUGUGGAGCUAUUAGAAAGAUAUGAUGAGACGGUGUGGAGUUUCCAUGAAGAUAAUUUGAAAGCAAAUGAUGAAGGACAUUAUGCUCCAGAUACGCAUUAUCCGUUAAUGGUGAAAAUUUAUUGGAAAAAUAUGACAUGA